GAUCUGUGCAGUGUGACCCAUCCCAAUUUGUGCGGGCCCGAAAACUAGGCUGGACACGCUGUCUGUAGCCCUUGGCCGACCCUUUCGCCGUUGUGCUUUGUUCGGUACGGAUCGCGCUUUGCUUCCUGUCUUCCAACUUCCGGCGACACGACGAACGGAACCCCAGGCGAACUGUUGGCGUACGGUACGGUGAUCCAGUGAAGUGACGACCCGCGACCAGUGUUGUUCCUGUGUUCCGCCCGAGUGGCCCGAGUCUGAGGCCGGAACAUUGGCCAUUUCAGUGGCCGGUUGUGGGCGAUUAUUUUGAGUGGUCCGGCGAACCGUGUGAAAAGCCGAAACUUGAAGCCAGAACCCGGGCCGAGUCUCGCAGUUCCUCCGUCCAGCGUCGCACCAUGGCCCCGAACGUCCUCGGCAACUCGUUGCUGCUUGCCGAAGCAUGCAUCGAGCCGGAAGAUCGCAACAACAAUGGCCCGCUGUACAAGAGUAAAUCCCUGCUGAACGUACCGUCCGCGAGCCCACCGUCCAUUGUGGGAGAGCUGAAGCAAACCGGUGCCAAGGAGCCAGCCAGCGCCAAGCGACGGUAUAAUAAUGUUUACGUGUGGCGAAACAUUAUCGCAUUCAUCUAUCUCCAUCUCGGAUUCCUGUACGGUGGCUAUCUGCUGGUGACGUCGGCCAAGUGGACUACCUUCUGCAUGGCACUGGCGAUGGGUUCGUGCGGUGCCCUCGGCAUCACGGCCGGAGCGCACCGGCUGUGGUCGCACAAGGCGUACAAGGCGAAGUGGCCGCUGCGCCUGUUCCUGAUGCUAGCGCAGACGCUAGCCUUCCAGAACAGCGUCUACGAGUGGGUGCGGGACCACCGUGUGCACCACAAGUUCACCGACACCGACGCCGACCCGCACAACGCGACGCGCGGCUUCUUCUUCUCGCACAUCGGCUGGCUGAUGGUGAAGAAGCACCCGGACGUGAAGGCGCGCGGCCGGGCCGUGGACAUGAGCGAUCUCGAGCAGGACGCGAUCGUGAUGUUCCAGAAGCGCUACUACGCCCUGCUGAUGCCCCUGUUCUGCUUCGUGGUGCCGACCUUCCUGGCGUACUACUACCUCGGCGAGACGUUCUCCAACUCGUGGUACGUCGUCGCCAUCUUCCGGUACGUGCUGUCGCUGAACGCGACCUGGCUGGUGAACAGUGCCGCGCACAUCUGGGGCACGAAGCCGUACGAUCGCAACAUUUCACCGACCAACAACACGUUCGUGGCGGUGGCGGCGUACGGUGAGGGCUGGCACAACUACCACCACGUGUUCCCGUGGGACUACAAAACGUCCGAGCUCGGCACGUACAGCACCAACUUCACGACGGCCGCCAUCGACUUCUUCGCCCGCAUCGGCUGGGCGUACGACCUGAAGUCGGUCUCGGACGACCUGAUCCGGAAGCGGGUCCUGCGCACCGGCGACGGCACGCACACCUACAGCGAGCAGGAGCUGACGGCCAAGAUGGUCGAUUACGUGAACCAGUUGGACCACGAGUCCGAGCAGGCCGUCUGGGGCUGGGACGACCAGGACAUGAACGAGCAGGAUCGGCUGGACGCGACCGUCAAGAACCGGAGCGACUGAUCGACGCCAAGUGACACACACACACACGCACACACCAUUCACGGGAUGCUUGCACACACACACAAAUAGGGGAAAGAAGGUGUUACGUUUGUUUUUAGUUUCUCCGAGCCUCUCUGUCCUUUCUUGCUUCUUGAGCAAAACCCCCUUUCCGUCGUAGGCUUAAGCACUCCUAGUAGCACCGCUGGCAAUGCUGACAACCGGUGCCCGCUAGAGGGCGUCCGAUGAACAGAACACAAUGGCGACGAGAGGGAGGGCAACACAUCGCAACAACGCAUCGUGUUUAUUUAUUGUUCUAUCUCUACCUUAGCUCUAGCUUAAGUUUGGAUUAAAUAAAGUAUC